AUGCCGCAAUCUCGUGGCCAGGGCAAGAAAACUAGGGACAGCGACCUGAGGUCGCAAUUGGAAGAUAUGCAGAAACGAAUCGACCAUGAAACCGAAGAGGCCUUGUCUAAGAGAGACUCCAAGAAACACUCCCCUUUUUCAAAUAUUUUGAGCAAGCGAGAUAAGCGGACGUCAAUGCCCGUUUUUGCAGGCAGUUCGACCCAUAAUAACGUUGUCAAUAGUGAUUCCUCUAAAGACGUUAACUUCAUGGUCGGAUUGAGCGAAAACCUUUUAAUGGAGUGUCGUCGUCUACAGGCUGAGAACGAGAAGAAGUCGCUCAAAUUGAAGUCUUUACAACAGGAGUCCGAAGUUCUUAAUACAAAUUUCAACGCUUUGUCUACAAAAUUUCAGGGUGCCCAGCAGGAAGGAUUGUCUUUGAAAGACACAAACUGGGAGCUCGAAACUAAAUUGCAGGAUAUCACCGAACAGCUGAGAGAGCUGAGAGACUCGUCUGAACGAACAAAGAAGGAAUUGCAUUCAAAAAUGAGUAUGUACGACGAGAUCCAAACCAAAUAUGAAGAAGUACAUUAUGAGAAACAGGGCCUUGAGACACAGCUAAAAAAUACCCAACAACAGAGCGCUGCGGAUCUUGCAGAACUCAAAAGAAAUAUUGUGGAGCUCAAUGAGGAAAACGACGAUCUUCAGCGAAAAGUUGACGAGAUGUCCACCGAGAUUGGUCAGCUUACAACGAAGCACGAAGAAGCGAAAGAGCUUGAAAGCUCUCUUGCCCCAGACUUCAAAAGUUCGGAGCUUGAGACUUCAAAGUCGAGAACUUUGGACUCCCCUGAAGCAGCUGAUUUAAGAAAAGCGCAGGUGCAACUUAAUGAGCCUAUUGACAGCAAACUGGCCGAAGCCAACCGAGUCAUCGAUAAGUUAAAACAACAAAUAUUUCUUCUUCAAAAAGCGCAAGGUGAAAACCGCAAAGCGGAAGCAUCAAAUAGCAAGGUCUCUCAAGCCAAAGCAGUCAAAACAUUGCAUGAGAGCGCACCACAUGCAGGAGCUUCCACCUUUGACGACUCGAUCGAUUCUCUCGAGGCUAGCAGGUCCCUUGAUUAUUCCUCGGAUAUCGAUUCAGUGGGUGAUGUGACAGACACCAUGGAUGCUCCACGUAACCCCAUUUUGGAUGAUCUUUCUGGUGAUGAGGGUCUCAACCUGGAUUAUGGACACGUAAAGAAAUUCGCAGACUCCCAUGAUCUCGUACUGCUCUCAAAAACAGAAUAUACAUUGUUGCGACCCAUGCAGAAGGGCAUUGAAGAAAAAUCCGACGUUCUUGCGCAGGAAAAUAGCAAAAGUGUCGAGUCAAGUGACGAAUUUAUGAUUGCUCAUCUUCAGGAUAAAAAUUAUGUGGUUUAUAGCCCUGAAGCGCAUCAAGAAAUUGACAAUGUUCUUUCAAGUUGGAAUUCGCCACCAGGAGAAUAUCUGGAGGGAAAAGCAACGGAACAAGGGAAGCGUAUCAUUACUGAACAAGAAUAUGAGUCUUUUAAAUCCCCUACAUUGGCGGCUUUAACCGAACAACUUGCCAAAUUUAAUUUUACUGCUCUGUCGACCAAUGAGCUAGAUGUCUUGAAGGAAACUGCCAAGAAUUCAUCCCAAGAAUUUCUCGAUCUGCAUUUGAACAGUCACAACAAAGUUGCAAUUCCAAGUGAUCUAUACACCGAGCUGUUAAAGCCUACGAUAGAAACUCUGAGGUCACAAGCAAAGAACGCUGGUUUCGAACUUAUAGACAGCAGCAAAUGGGAGUCUACAGUCUCCAAUUUGGAGAAUCCGACAUUGGCAUACUUAUCCGAAGCUGCAGAAAAAAGAGGGAGUUCAUUAAUAAGUAAGGAGCUACACGAAACUCUCCGCAGUCCAGGUUUAGCAGACCUCAGUCGACGUGCAACUGAGCUCAAACAUAUUCUUCUAUCUGAAAAAGACUAUGAAAAACUGAAUAAUACGGAUCGAUCCUGGGUCCAAAAAAAAGCAGGCUCUAUCGGACUAGUUGUCCUCACCAAACAUGAGCACGAGAAUCUUCUCCGGCCAUCACAAGAGCAGCUCAAGGAGAAAGUGGAAGCUGAAGGACAUCAUGUCAUUUCGAGCGAAGAGUACUCUAUUUUGAUCAACCCAGAUGUCAAUCGUAUUGCCCAGAUGGCAGCCAAAUUCGAUCUCGAGUGCAUAAGUACUUUAGAGAUCACUCAACUUCGCCAAAUCCUCGCCACUCCUGACGAUGCCUUUAUAAAGGCCAAGGGAUUAGAGCGAAAUCUCAAAGUCUUUGAAGAGGAUGAAUACCAAAAACUGGUGGCCGAGCUGGAGCUUCCUAAGCUCGAAACUGUCGAAAAAAGUGUAAGAGACCAUUAUCUCAAACCUGUGCUGAAUUGGCUCAGUGAUGAGCUGGACUUUCUUGUUUUCAAAAAAGAGGACUACAAUGAAUUACUGAGGAAGGCUGAAGACCCCUCAAAUGAAGAAUUGCAGAAACUUACCCAUGAUCGAGGCCUAGUCAUGCUGGAAGUUAAAAGACAUGAAGAAAUGACGCGCUGCGUGGAGCAACCAGGACUUGACUUUUUGCAAAACCAUUGCGGGACGUAUGAUAAAGUCCUCAUAGACCAACAGAAAUGGUCAGACAUGAACGCAAAGAUCGAAAGUCCAACCAUGGAGUAUUUAAAAGAUCAUGCAAAAAACAAAGGACUUCACUUGUCGGAUUUCGAUAAUUUGACAGCAUUGAAAAAUCAAGUUGACGAACCCGAUCUUGCUUAUCUGAUCUCCAAAUGCAAAUCAUUGGGUUACGAAGUGGUAAAGAAAGAAGAAUUCCAGGAGCUUCUAAAAAACGCAGAGGAGCCAAGCAGGUCAUAUUUGGACUCAAAAUUGGGACGGCUAGGAUAUAUGUCCAUCGAAAGUGAUGAACUUAUGGGGCUUCAUAGACAAUUAGAGCAGCCCGAAAAAUCAUUUUUGGACGAAAAACUGAAAACCUAUGGGUACUUGCCAGUUGAGGAGCAAGAACUGUUAGCAAUGGAGAAACAAUUGAAGGAGACAUUGGCAAUGAAGCAUCAACUGGAAAAGCCGGCAUUAACUUACUUGGAGAAAAAAGCCAAAGAACAGGGUUUUUCGAUGAUCGAGGAAGAGACGCUAUCGAGUCUUCGUACACUUUCCGAAGACCCUGAACUCCCCCUGCUGGAAGAAAAGUUAAGAAAAUUCGACAUGGUUCCGGCGCAGAUCUUGGGUUUGAGUGAAGAUCUUGAAAGUCCUGCCGAACUUGUUGCUGUCAAACGUGAAGAAUACCAAAGUAUGAGUCAAUCUUUGAACAAUCCAACUCAGUCCUACCUUGAGCUUAAACUGAAGAACCUAGGCAUGAAGGCUAUCGGUGAUGAUGAGUAUUCAAAACUGGUGGAUUUGCGCGACAACCCUGACCAAAGCUUUCUUGAAGAAAAACUGGCAAUCUUCGGUUUGUGUAUCUUGCAGAAGGACAGAUUCUCUCAGCUGAGCAUAAAUGGCGAAAGGCCAGAUCUUGCGUCAUUAAGAGCAGAGGUUGAAAGGCACGGCUCCACUGUAAUCGAUCAAAGUGAGCUGAGAAAGCUGAAAGAAACCGCCACAUCGCCUAAGAUGUCGUUUCUUGAAGAAUGCUUGAAAGAGAAAGGCUUCAUUCCGGUCAGCGAGAGUAACUAUAGAGAAAUGCUACAAAACGAAGGCUCCCAAGAUAUGGCUCAGAUAGAACAAAAUCUUGGGGAGCGUAACAUGGUGGCUGUUGAUGCUCAGGAACUUUCAAACUUGAAAAAACAUGUCGAGGUUCCUGAGUUGACUUUCUUGAAAAUGAAACUAGAGGAAAAGGGUUUUGCUGCUAUCGAAGCAAACGAACUCGCGGCGUUAAAGUCUAACGCUUCAAGUCCACCAAUUGCCCUGAUGGAAGAGAAGCUGAAGGAGUCAGGUUAUCAUGUUAUGAAAAUUGAGGAGUAUGGACAACUUAAGGAUUUUGUUGAGAACCCCACCUUACCUACUUUGCGUCAAAAGGCAAGUAAUUUGGGUUUGCUACUUAUACCUGAGGCCGAGAAUCGCAAAAUGGUGGAAAUGCUGAAUGAUCCUCCCCUUGAUUUCAUUGAAUCAAAAAUCAAAGGACACGCUCUGGUUCCUAAUGACGUAUUGAAAUCACUUAAGGCCACAGCGGCUUCCCCGAGCUUGGAGUUCUUGACUACUGAGAGUAAUAAACUGGGAUACGCUUUAAUUAAGAAAACAGAGCACCAGGAGCUAAUAAGCAAGGUAGAAAGCCCAUCACUAUCAGAUGUUAAAAUUUAUGCAACGAAACUUGAAAGCGUCGUACUGACAGAGGAAGAGCACAAUACCUUGCAAGAUGCCGUAAAAAACCCUUCGAGAAGCUUCAUCAGCGAAAAGUCGUCAGCUUUAGGCCUGGUAGUUCUCUCCGAAAACGAUUACACUACCAUGAUGGCUUCAUCAAAACCGGAAUCGGCCAUACAAAAGGUCGAAGAGCUUGGAAUGAAAGCGAUACCAGAGGAGGAAUACAUAAGGCUCUGCAAUGAAAAUGUCAACAUUGCAACUGUCGAAAGGCUAAAAUCCCAACUAGCAACAUUUGGAAGCACAGUGAUUAGCGUGACAGAACUUGAAACUUUGAAACGGCCACUCCUCGAGAGGCUAGAUGACAAAGUUGUUCUCGAAUUCUGUGAAAAAAACAACUUGGCAAUAAUGUCGCAAGAGGAGUUCUCAGCUCUAAAGCUUGCUAUAGCGGAACCUCCCGAAAGUGUUCUUCAGGCUUGUGCUGAAAAGAGUGGCAAGGUACUAAUUUCCUCGCAUGAGUUAGCCGAUCUUCGCGAAGAAGCAUAUUCAGCUCCUCUUGAAGCACUUCAGCGCGGAUCAGAAAAACUGAAACUGGUUCUUGUCGAUAAGCCAGUUUACCAAAAAAUGGUGGAUAAACUCGAAAACCCUCCCCUAGACUGGAUGGAAGUCCAGGUGGAAAAAAUGGGCAAAGUCGUGUUGGACAAGACCCAAUAUGACAUGCUACUAGAAAUUGGCGAAAAACCGUCAAUGGAACAUUUGAAAGCGAAAGCUGCUCAGCAGGACCACUCUGUCCUCUCAUUGGAAGAAUACCAGAAUUUGCUGAGCAGUUUGGAGAAACCAAGCGAGACUUAUAUCAAAGAAAAGGCCACCGGAAUGGGGUUGGUGACUAUUGAUGGAGCUGAGCUCGAGGAAUUACGAAGAAGAGAGGCCUUUCCCGAAGUGAACGAAUUGGAGCUCAAAGUCGAAAAAAUCGGGAAGGUAAUCGCUUCCAGAGAGGAGGUCGAACUUUUGAAAAACCCUCCUGUAGAAUUCUUGAGAGACGCUGCACAAAAGCACGAUUUUGUCCUGAUAGCACAGAACGAAUAUACAGAGCUUUGCUCCGUGGAAGACCGAAUGUCGGUCGAAGACAUUGGUAGACUCGCUUCUAGACUUUCUUGUACUAUUGUGACUAAUGCCGAUUUGAAAAAAAUGCAAGACACUAUUGAGAAACCAACAUUGGAAUACAUUUGCAGCAAAGCUGCGCUUCGUGAAAAAGGGGUAGUAGAUACCGAAGAACUCCAUUUGCUCGAGGACAAUAACAAGAAGUUGGCCAACCCUACCCCAGAAUUUGUCGCCUACCUUGCGUCUGCUGUGGAUCGUGUACUCGUUGGUCAGGAGGAAUAUGAGGAAUUGAAAGCCACAAUGGCAAAACCUGGAGAAGACUAUCUCAAAUCGAAGGCGAGUGACAUGGGUUUUGCCUUGGUAGACAAAACUGUCUAUGAAAAGGGCCUAUCUACUCUUGACACCCCAAGCAUGGAUUAUUUGAAAGAGAAGGCGAACAUUUUUGAAUGUGAGGUAGUGCCAGCUUCGCUUUGGGAACAGUAUUCUACCACGGCCGAUAAGCCGACGCUUGAAUUCCUUGAGAACAAAGUAAAGCUCUAUCCUGAUCACAUCAUUAUCUCAAAGGAGCAUCUCGAAAAACUGGAACUUACAGGCAUCGAGUCAUCCAAAAUUCCAACCCGCAUUGGCGAAAUUGCUAGCACAGGGCUGGAGACACCAGUCAGAUCCGACAUUCAGGACACGCACCGGGAAGGCCCUGCGACUCUUGGAAUCACUGAAAUACACAAUGCGGCGAAUUCUUUGGGCCUAACCGUAGUGUCGGUGCAAGAGUUUGAGUCUAUGCUAGAAAAGCUGGAAACCAUUACACGUGUAAAAUCUCCUAGAGGACGAUCGCCAGCAGAAGUCCGGGAUACAUUUGGCAAUGUAACUCGAAGUGAUGAUGCAUCAAGCGUGCAUUUGAGCAGAACGGUGACGAACAGCAGCGAAUACUUCGACGCUCUACAAUCCGAGCCUAACGAUUCUUUGUUCAACGGUUCACUUGAUGUAAGCUCUGCGUACUAUACGGACGCAUUGAGUAAUCAGCAACUUUCUCGCGUUUCCACUCUCAACAAGGAAGGUAGUAUGGAUUGCGUUUCAAAACUCGAAGAACAAGCAAAAUCUCUAGGCUUCGUUCUGGUCAAAGCAAAUGCAGUGAGAGCUGAGGAAUCGUCAAAUGUACAGGACAGGACAUUCUGCGAAGAAAGUUUGGCUCCUGCUCUUGAGAUGAGAUCAAGCCCUUUGAAUGAAGACACGGUAUCUGAUGAAGCGAGCACAAUCUCCAGCUCAGCAAGUGAUUGGGAUGAAAAUGAUCUCAAAGAACGGGCAGCGAAACUUGGCCUAGUUGUCAUAACGGAGAAUGAAAAUGCCCUAUUCUUGAAGUUGAAGACUUUACAAACAGAAAAAGGCCAACAAGGACCUAUGUUCAUUCCAGAAACCUUUACUGAAGAGGAUGCUCUCAUCGAUCAUGAGAAUGACCUCUACGCAAAUGGCAGUUCAAGUAUGAUACACGAUACCACCACUGCUACAAGGAGUCAAGAGUCUCAAAUGCAGGUGGAAUUUAACAAUCAGGCUUCAACAAAUGAAGAAGCCGAUUUGGGUUGUGACUCCAGAAGUAUCAACCGAGAUACAGAUUCUGUGAAAGAACGAUCCCCUGACACAACUGUUGAUAACAGAAGUUCGAGAUUGGACGCAGGCAAAUUUUCUGGGCCUUUCGAAAAGGGCGACAUGAUGGAAACUGGAAGUCUGCCGCCACCUAGUGCUAACCACUCUUGGAAUAAGGCUGAACUGAUUGAGAAAGCACACGAGUUUGGUCUGGUGUCUCUUGAGGCAGAACAGUUUGCGUUAAUUAAGGAAGAACUGGCUGCGGCGCCCAAAACCUUGACAUUAGACGACCUCAUGAUUAAGGCAGCAGAGUUUGAUUUAGUGCCAAUACAGAAAAAGCAGUUUGAGCAAAUCAAAGAGGAGCUCUCCAAUCCUUCCAUGACCAAGGAACAGAUUAUGAAAAAUGCUACAGCAUAUGGCCUGGUUACCGUAGAAAAGGAAGAAUUUGAAAGGUUGGCGCACAGGAAGAGCAGGAGCGAAGACGACGAGUUCACAUCUUCUGGCGUUGACGAGACUGAACUCUCUGAAGAUAACGAAGAUAAGAUGCACCUCGAUGCGCUAGCCAAAAAACUCGGAUUGAUGUGUGUUCCUGAAAGUGCAUUCGUUGCCACAACCAGUGCUGGUGGUAUGGAUCCGCAAAAUGUUGUGGUGCUUCCCUCCACGUAUUACGAUUAUAUUCUCGCAAAAGAUCAAGAAGGUCUGAAAAUGGCCACGAAUGACGAGCUGCUAGUGGAGGCGAAAAAACGCGGCUUGUCCUCUAAUGGAAAGGUCAACUCUACGCAACCAUUCACAGAUGUGUCACCACAAAGGCACAAGGUCAGUAGACAGUCUACCAUCCAUUCCAAUCUGUCAUCAGAAUCAGGGAACAGAAGAACUUUAGCCGAGGCGGCUGCAAACGCAGCUUAUAAUGACUAUGACAUGGUGACCAUCCGUUCGCAUGGUCGUCGUACCUCUUUGUCAUCAGGUCGUCAGCCCAUUCUGAAUGCCGAAGUCGGAGUUCGCCAAACUUCAUUUGACGGUGGCAUAUCACUGGCAACAGUUGCCUCGCUAAGCGAACCAAGCAUCAUCCCUGCCUUAACGCAAACAGUCAUCGGGGAGUACCUUUACAAGUACUACAGACGUCUCGGACCUAUUGCCAACGUCAGCUCCCGUCAUGAAAGAUACUUUUGGGUGCAUCCCUACACUCUUACACUUUACUGGUCGACGCACAACCCUGUCUUGGGAAAUCCUGCUACAAAUAAAACCAGAGCGGCUGCCAUUCUUGGCGUUGAGAGCUUAGAUGACCCAAAUCCCUACCCUGUGGGCCUCUAUCACAAGAGCAUCGUCAUCAAGACCGAGACGCGGUCUGUUAAAAUCACAUGUGCAACGAGACAGCGGCAUAAUAUCUGGUUCAACUCGUUACGAUACUUGAUCCAGCGGAACAUGGAUGGCAUCGAGCUAGAUGACCCUGCUGCCGACUCUACUGAUACGAACAAGAUCUAUCAGCUUCCAGGCGAAACACCGCAGCUCACCAACCAAAGGCUAUCCUCGACCAGACGUGGAUUUUCUGCGGGAAGCGCAAAGCGGAGCACUUCUACGAGAACCCUUAGACCAUGA